UACUUGUAUUUGAUCUAUAGUAUCGUGGUACAGUAAAAGUAAAUAAUUUUCAGCUAAAGUUAAAAAAAAAAAGAUGGUCAAAACAUAGGAUGAUAAGAAAACUUAUAGUUUUUAAAAUAACAAAGUAUUGUUACUAAGUACUGUGCUAUUGCAUAUUGCAAUGCUAGGCAUUUCGACUCAAGCCAAGGCUUUUCACAUCUGUAACGUACUGAUUUACUCAGUCUAACUAAUCUUAGGUUUGCCUUAAUGUUAUUGUUGAGUGUUAGUGUACAUUUUCAUAAUAGUUACUAAAACUGCAAAUAAUAUUAGUUAGUAACAGGACUACAAAUUAAGAUCAUAAUUUAAAAUUUUGAUCAAGCUAGUUAACUGAAAAGCCCGAGACAAGGGUUGAUAACAUUAAUGAUUAACAUCGAAGCUGCAUUGUCACGGGCAGUGAAGAUUUAUAAAAAUAUAAGAACUUCUUAGAAAGAAGACAGUAUAGAAUCUGCGACUAUUCCAUUGUAUUCUUCAAAUACACUUGAGAUUUUUAAGGUUUACUACAAAAAGAUAUGGCAGGUGGUCGUAGCCAUUCUUUCAAAGUGGUAUUGCUGGGAGAAGGAUGUGUUGGUAAAACAUCAUUAGUUUUGCAGUACGUGGAAAACAAGUUCAGUGAUAAACAUUUUAGUACACUUCAGGCAUCAUUCUUGAAUAAGAGAGUCAACAUUGAAGGGAAGCGAGUCAAUCUAGCUAUUUGGGACACGGCUGGUCAGGAGAGAUUUCAUGCCCUUGGUCCUAUUUACUACAGAGACAGUAAUGGUGCAGUUUUAGUUUAUGAUAUAACUGAUGAGGAUUCAUUCCAAAAGGUGAAAAUGUGGGUAAAGGAACUACGUAAGAUGCUAGGCAGUGAUGUAUGCCUUUGUAUUGCUGGUAAUAAGACAGAUCUUGAAAAGGAUAGAGCAGUUUCUUUGGAGGAAGCAGAUGCAUACUCUGCUUCUGUUGGAGCCAAGCAUUUUCUGACAUCUGCAAAGCUGAAUCGGGGCAUUGAAGAACUAUUUGUUGAUCUAACAAAAAGGAUGAUAGAAGUUGCUGAAAGUAUAGAUGAACAUCGAGCCAACAGCUUUGGUCAUGGUAGUAAUCCCAGAAGGAAUGUUGUGAUUAUUGAAGAUGAAUCUCAGGAACAAAGGACAGGAUGCUGUGGGGGAUAAAAACAGAGAAAGUCUGAAAUAUUUCCUGAAGUGUCUGAUAGGUUUUCCAAUUUGUAAUAUAUAUAUAAAGAAAAUGUGGAAACGUUUUAAGCAGUUAUCUUGCUGAGUUUGGUCACUGUUUAUUAAGUAGAAAUUAUAGACUGCUAAGUAUUGGGUAUCUGUGAGACUUCAGAUAUUUUAAACAUGAAUUACACCCACACCUGUUAGGUCAAGUUAAAUACUAUGUUCGCAGUGACUUGUGUUUAAGUAAUUCUAACAAACGGAAUUUAUUAACAUUCAUAAGUUAGGUUUAAGUUAUAUCUGAGUUACUUUAUGAAACUAAUUAGAUUCAACAUUACUGAAUAAAACUAGAAGUUGAGUAAUUAUAAUAACAUUAAUAUUAUGUACUAUUGCUGAGUGAUUUAUAUAUGCAGAAACUUUAAUUAUCAGAAACAAAAACAUGAGUGGAUUUGUGGGAAAAUGUCCUAGUUUCUUGUUUUAUCUGUAAGUUUUUUUUUUGCCUCAAACAAGUCACAUAUUAUUUUUGUUAAUUUAGGAAUAUAUGACUAUGUAAAAUGGUAGGUUCCUAAAUGGGCUCUGAGAAUUUAUCUUGGAGUAGCCUUGACACAUGUAAAAAAUAUUCUAUUUACUACUUCCCUAAUGCUGGAUUAUGCAAUAUAUUUAGCAAGAAUUUUCAUUAUUGCAUUAAAUAAGUCUACACAAUGCUUGUUAUGCUUAAGAUUUUUCUUUCAUAAAUAUUAAAUUGCAAUGAAAAUAAGUAAGGUAUCCAAGAGUGGCUAUUAUUCAAAAUUUCUACAAAAUCAUUAAGUGGGAAUCUUCAACCAAGGUGUUCAAGAUCUAGAGGGGAGGCUUAAGCUAAAGAAAAUGUAGGAACCCCUGUUCUAGAACAUUUGUAGUAUUUUUGAUUAUUUUUUGAAAGAUUUUUGUAUAAAUACAAGAAACUUUCCAGGCUUCGAAUAAAAGCCUUGUAUUAUUAUUUUUAGCUUAACAUAGUAAUUGUUUUAAGUAAUAUUUAUAGCUAAAAAAAUUUUCAGUAUUUCGACAUUAAAGAUGUUUUAUUAUCUUAAGCCAACUAUUAUUUCACAGUACCCUUUUUUUUUGCUACUGUUCUUAAUGUUACAAAAAUUAAAUGGUUAGGAAUGAUUUAACAUUUUUGUGGAAGCAUUUAUAAAACUUCACUUCAAAGUAUUGAAUGACUUUCUAUAUGUAUAUAGAAAUUGUUAGACCACACAUGCAAAUGUUUGUUUGCUGUCAGUGUCACUUGACUCACCGUCACAGAGUUAGGAAGAUAAAUAGGGAUUUUGUAUUUAUUAUUUUGCUGAAUAUAUACAUUUGUGUUUAUCUUGCUACAGUAUAUUUUAGUCACUCAAUGAUUCUUCUUUUUUUUCUACAGCCAAAUAAAAUUGUUUAAUCAUAGAAAUAUUCAGACAUUGAAUAUCUGACAAAUGUUUUAUUACAGUAUUUUGUAGCAGAAGCUUUCCACAUGUGUUCUAAAAAUAACCUCCUGUUCCCCAUACUUAAGGACAACCAAUUCAAUCAUGAAACUAUGAAUUUGCUCAUAUUCUUCAAACUUUAAUAAAAGACGCAAGAAUGCUUUGUGUUUAUGAGGUUAAAAAUGUACAGAAGUCUGUAAACAUAAUGAAUUAUACACAGCAAUAAGCCACCAAAAUGGUAUCACAUACACCCACCAGAGGGAGUUAUUCAACAGUGGUUAGCAUUUACUGUGUAAGUACUUCAUAUAUUGCAUUCUGACAAAUGCAUGCAAUUUGGAAAGAAAUUCUUCAUCGUUUAGCAUAUUUCUAAACAAGGGACAAAACUGUUCCAACUUUAUCUUGUAUUUCAGUUCCACUUUUUAAAAAUCUGUUGAGUUUUUAAUUUCACUUUUUAAUUUUAAGUAAUCAAAUGUUUUUUUCCACCACAUAUCUGAAAAUAGUUGACUGCAAGUUAUUGCAGCAAUUGUCAAUCUAAUUAGUCUGGUAAUAUUGCAUAUUGUUGCAUUUACAUUAUGUGUAUAAUAACUAGAGUAAUGAUAGGAGUUUUAAGCCAAACAUUAUUGUAAACUAUAACAUAGCAGUAGUUACAACAGAAUAUUUGAAUAUUGUGAAUCUGAAAGACUAACUUACAUAAACUGUCUGUAAUAUAUUACAAUGUAAUCAUACACUCUUUGUUGUAGAAAAUGUCACACAGUAGCAGAAUCAUCAACUAAAACAGGGUGAUGUCUCAAUUAGCCAUCUAGUGCAUAGACAUAUAAAGCUUCUAACCUGAUUAAAUCAAGUGUGUCAGUGAAAUAUUUAAGUUGGACCAAUUUUUAUAGGUUCAUCAUGAGAUGGUGAGCAAGUCAUUUUUUAAUUUUGCCUUAUUUUUAUUGAAGUGAGUUGUGUGAAAUGAUUUAUUAGAUAAUGUUUUCAUACUGAGAAUUCACAAAAAGAUCCUCUGUUAGCUAGCAUAAAACACUGUCAUAUAAUCUGUUUGGUAUAUUCAAAGUGAAUUAUUUAGUUGAUGUAAUUUUCUCUUUUGUCAUUGAUUCUUUUUAGGAUGUAUAAAAAUUGUAUAUGGUUAACUAUUAAAUUCUUUGAAAGGUACGUUGAGUAGGGACAGAGUUAACUCAUUUUGUAAAGUAUAUUCCUUCAUUUUUUCUUAGUUUAUCGAUACAAUUGAGGAAGUAUUAACAGAAGGAACCCUAAUAACAGGUCUUUGUAAAUAGCUUUUUCAACACUUGUUGUUUCUCUAUCUUUUGUUCAGGUGUGUUGAGCAUGUGAGUUUUGAAUAUUUUAAAAUACAUAUAGACAUCUUCAAUGCACAUUGUAUAUCAGCUUUUUAUAGAUUCUUUUAAAUAUACCUCAUAAUCUUUUUUGCUUGUAAAAACAAUAAACUUAAUAGAGUAUCACAUAGUUAUCAAACCUGGAUUUAUCACCAGUUGCUGUAAAUCAGGUUUGGGAACAUUUGCAGACUAGAUAGGUUUAUCAGGUAUUAAGUGGAGAGUUAAUUCUGUGGUUCUAAAAUUACUGAUGAGGAAGACUAUUCUUGUGUGUGUGUGUGUGUGUGUGUGUGUGUGUAUAUACAUAUAUACACACACACACACGAGUUGAAAUACCCAUCAACUGAUGGGAAAUGUUUAAACUUAAUUAAAACAAUGUAUGUUUAACAGCAAUCAUAUACUUGAGAGUAAUAACUUUAACAUAAAGUUUAUCUCAAAUUUUUAACAAAGCGUCUUUAAAAACACCAUUUGCAAUUUGCUUUCCAUCUACCAACAAAUAAAGAUUUUGAGGUGAUCCACCCUUGAACACCCUACAUCCCCAGUGACUAUA